AUGGCAUUUCCCAGCGGGCCUACGUAUCACGCCGACUCCGAUGCCGACGAUGAGUAUGAGCGAAGCGUGAUGACAUCUCCAACACAGUUGCAUACCGACUCGGAAACUUCAUCGGAGCCUACGUCCAAUGAACACACCCCUACCACAUACGAUAUCUCUGGAGAAGAUCCAGACCUGCCUCGGACCAUAAUAACGGAAUGGACGCCGGAAGAGUGCGCACAAUUUGUAUCAAGCCUGAAUUUGCGGCAGUAUUGCCAGGCCUUCGUUGACCAUGGCAUUGAUGGUGAAGCGCUGGUGGCGCUGAAGCACGACGAACUAAAAGAGAUGGGCAUAGCAAGCGUGGGACACAGACUCACGAUUCUGAAAAACGUGUACGACCUGAAGGUCCGGCAGGAUGUUCCUGUUGAGCCUGAUGACUAUAUCCCUCCAACUGCUGAACAGAACCCUCAACAUGAGAUGGCCACUAAAGAGGAUAUCGCGCGGAUAGCAAGAUCAAUUAUCCGGCUACGGGACGAGCGGAUUGCGCAGGCAGAAGCUCAGUUGACCAGGCUGGCGGAUGACUACCGCAAACUUCGACAAGAACUACUCCCAGUGUUCAAAAUGGCCAAGGAAAGGUCUGAACCUCUUCCAUAUGCGCCUUUCCAGAGUGCCACGAUCAGCCCGGAGUUCUACCAACAGGACGUUGUUUCGCCUCCAAUCACCACACAGCCGAUACAGGAGAAGACCAGUCUCACCCGUACAUUCUCAAAGAAACUGGGUCUGAGUUCGACACCAAAGAACAACUCUCCCACGCAUAUACCGAGCACAAUUCAUGAGGGUAGGACUCUCGCCGAUAACACCUCACUGGACCCUUCAGCAGCUGCUAGCCUGGCGUCAAAUUCACUAACCGCGUCAAUGUCAGGUGGCUUGUUCCCGCAUCCUUCACCUGGAGUACCAUCGCCGACCUCCCCGCUACCAUAUCAACACCAACCUCUUGCGCCCCGCUCGUACCAAAGAGAGGGUAGCAGCGGCAUCGCGAGGUAUGAUGGCGCUGAUGACACUUUGCGAAACACUCAUUUUACGACCGACCGCGACCCUCCAACAUCCGCCAAAUCCGUCUCUGCUAAAUUGAAUCCCUCCAACUCCAUCAUAUCGAACGCGUCCACACUGGUACCUCCACGAGAGCAAACUGCCUCGGUACCAGCGCAGCUUCCAUCCAGCGCCGCUGGCGGACAUACCCCUGGUGAAGCCCCAUCUGUCGAGAUUUUCAAAUCUUUUCGUGUUAGUCUGGACGAUCCAUGCUAUAAAGUGCUUCCAGCGGCUCUGCGAAAAUACAACAUCCAAGCUGACUGGCGACAAUAUGCACUCUAUAUUGUCUAUGGCGAUCAAGAACGUUGCGUAGGUCUCGACGAGAAGCCAUUGGCGCUCUUCAAGGAUCUGGAUCGCGAAGGCAAGAAGCCCAUGUUCAUGCUUCGAAAAUUGGCCAACCCGAUCGUCGAUAUGCCCAGUACCGCGGGUGGACUGAAACCGCCGGGCUUGGGCGCAGGGGGUGGAAGUCUUUCGAGUGCAGCCAGCGGGAGAACUAUCCCGGCUCAAAAUCUGCCGGGUGGUGUGCUCUAG